AUGACCAGAUACCAUAUAGACACAUUCUUGUCGGGAGAUAUAUGCCCGCUGAUUGGCAAGCUGUCAGGAGCACAUUUGCUUGCAUUACUCUGCUGCCUCUUCCAGGAGAUACGUGCUGUUUCCCAGAGCUUAGAAGACCAAAUGGCACAUGCAACUUGUCAGCCAGUAACUGAAAGAGGAGCCGCAGGGCAACCGGGGCUGGCAGGCAACUCGCCCCCUCCCCGGGGAGUCCGGGAUGGGUUCUCCCGUGUCACGCCACGGUGUCAGCGAGGGUGUUUUCAGUCCAAGUUUAAGGAAUCGCUCAAGAACUGCUUGCUGGAGGCUGCCGGAGUGAAUUUCCAGGAGGUUUUAGCCGCGGGGCGGUUUCUCAGCGCUGACUCGCGGCGGGGGCUGCGGCAGCCCCGCGGGAAGGACGCGGGUCCCGGCCGGGGGGGAUCGGGGGCAGUGCUGGGUUUGGUUAUCCGCCAGCACGGCAAAAUCAAAACUGCGUGUAAACCAGCUUCGGUCCUGUGCUUCCGUGGAUGGGCAGGUGGGCCAUCACAGGAACAGCCGCUCCCAACGCCUGAGAUCCGGGAUCUGUGUGAGGGGCGUAGAAGGGCUGCUUGA